ACGAUCAUGGUGCACCGCCGCUUCCUUCUCGUUACAUUCCCUGUGCAAGGCCAUAUAAAUCCCGGCCUCCAAUUCGCCAAGCGCCUCAUUCGCUUGGGAGCCCACGUCACCUUCGCCACCAGCGUCUCCGCCCGGCGCCGAAUGACCAAAACCCCCACGUUCGACGGGUUGUCAUUCGCCACCUUCUCUGAUGGCUAUGACAACGGGGUUAAACCUGGCGAUGACGUCGAGCACUACAUUUCGGAGCUUAGACGCUCUGGCUCCAAAACUCUCACUCAACUUAUUGUGUCCAGCGCAGACGAGGGUUGCCCGUUUACGGGCUUGGUCUACACGCUCCUACUCCCAUGGGCGGCGGAAGUGGCACGUGAACUUCACCUCCCAUCAGCCCUCCUUUGGAUUCAACCCGCCACGGUUUUGGACAUAUACUACUACUACUUCAAUGGGUAUGGUGACGUCAUCAGGAACAACAGCAAUGACCUCUCAUGUUCGAUACAAUUGCCGGGACUACCAUCGCUCACUAGCCGUGACCUGCCCUCCUUUCUGCUUGCUUCAAAUUUGUAUGCUGUUGCGCUCCCGACGUUUCAAGAGCAACUUGAAGCGCUUGAAAAAGAAAGCAAGCCGAGAAUUCUAGUGAACACCUUUGAUGCACUGGAGCCUGAGGCGUUAAGAGCGAUCGAAAAGUUCAAUUUGAUCGGAAUUGGGCCGCUGAUUCCGUCUGCUUUUUUGGAUGGGAAAGAUCCAUCGGAUAAUUCUUUUGGAGGAGAUCUUUUCCAAAGCUCAAAGGACUACAUUGAAUGGCUCAACUCCAAGCCCAAAUCAUCUGUUAUUUACGUGUCGUUUGGGACCGUGUCGGAGUUAACGAAGCGGCAGACGGAGGAAGUUGCUCGUGGAUUGUUGGGUUGCGGCCGCCCAUUCUUGUGGGUCACAAGAGCUAACGAAAAUGGAGAAGAGAAAUUCAUGAGUUGUAAAGGGGAAUUGGAGCAAAAGGGAAUGAUAGUGCCAUGGUGUUGUCAAGUGGAGGUUUUGUCGCACCCCUCGUUGGGAUGCUUUGUGACGCAUUGCGGGUGGAAUUCAACUUUGGAGAGUUUAGGUUGUGGAGUGCCUGUCGUGGCAUUCCCCCAGUGGUCAGAUCAAGGGACAAACGCGAAGCUGAUCGAGGACGUGUGGAAGACGGGAGUGAGGGUGACUGUAAAUGAGGAUGGAAUUGUGGAAGGUUAUGAGAUCAAGAGAUGCUUGGAAUUGGUUAUCGGAGAAGGAGGGAGAGGGGAAGAUAUUAGAAGGAAUGCCAUGAAAUGGAAGGCUUUGGCUGGCGAGGCUGCCAGGGAAGGCGGUUCUUCGUAUAACAAUCUUAAAGCUUUUGUCGAUGAGAUUACACAAGAUGGUUGUUAA